CACUAUUGUAAAAGUCUUGACGAUGCAACAACCACAACAACAAUAUACUUUCUACAACCCUUACGACGAGCAUAAUAACAUGUAUAACCACAACUACCACCAGCCUCAAUUCGCCACCCCAAAUAACGAAUACUACCAUACAACACCACCGUAUGACCAACCAUACACGAACACCUACAACCAAGAUUACUACUACAACAACAACACAUCUCCACCCUCCUCAACCACUUCAUCAACCCCAACCACCUCAACUCUCCGCCGCAAAUCCGCCAUUCGGCGCCCGCGGAACACGUCGCUCACACAACCCGCCCCUCCACUCAUCGUCGUGAGCCAAGACAAAGACAUGUACGCAUCACAACCACCAUCGCCGCCUGUCGCCGCGGCUC